AUGUCGACCAUCUCUUUCGGUGCUAUCGGUGGUAGUAACCGUGACUCUGGCAGUGGAUAUGUCAUUCGUGACGGUACCGUUUCACACAUCGUUGCCAACAUCAACAGUGGGAAUAUCAGUGGUAGCAACACUCACAACAGUCAUCUUGGAACUAGCAGUAACAGCAACAGCAGUAACAGUAACAGAUCAAGUGGAACACAUUUAGCAUUGAAUAGUCAUGGUCAUGGUCAUAAUAAUAAUUAUAUAAACAAUAAAGAUAAAGAAAAUAAAGAUAAUAAUAGUAAUACUAAUAAUAGUGGCGGAGGCGCCUCCAAUUUAAAUAAUAGUAGUAAUGGUGUUGGUAAUAGUUUAAAUAGUUCAACGAAUUCAACGACUACAACCGUUGAUUUCGAGUUUCAGAUUAGUUUCACACAACUUGUGACUCUACCACCAUCGAUCUACGGUUUGAUCUGGCUGCAGAAGCUGGUCAUCACACAUCACAAUAUAAGGACGUUGUCAGAGGACAUUGGUCUCAAAGAUAUAAUUGCAUUCCUUCGUGAGUUGGAAACUGGUGCAAGACCAUGUUUAAGAUCGAAAUUAGUUGUAGUUGGUGAUGAGAAAGUAGGUAAAUCAUCGGUUAUUCAAUGUAUACGUGGAAAGAAAAAGAAAGGAUCUUCAUCGAGUAAUAUGGAGGGAAUUGAGAUUGAUCAACACGAGUUUGAUGUGGUGUUCGAUGACGAUGCCGAUCGCAAACGUAAAACUAUCACUGUGUCGACAUGGGAUAUCGUUAACCAAGAUGUCUAUUUCACUACCAAUCAGUUGUUUGCAUCGGAUCGUUCGGUACACCGUUCAGGUGCAACGAGCAACCGAGUUCCUUCACAACAUCGGAUCGAUCAUCUAUUUCAACGAUCCCAAUUCCACGGUCGGCAAGAUGGUGAUUCUCGACCACCAGUGGAUCAUCAACUUUUGAAAUCCGAAGAGUCAGAGACCAGGCAUCUCAUUCCAACGCUGCUCCCAAGAGAUGGUAAUCUCGUAUCGCAAUGGGAAGACUUUGAUUGUCCCGACAAGAUCCGUUUGAAUCGACAGUAUCACCUUCCCUAUAUCCCCGAGAAGUUCUUUGGUAAACUCAUCUUGCGUCUACUUCACUUUGUAAAGGUAGAAUCGUGUCUCAAGAACGUGGUUGUCGUUCGUAAUCAACAGGGACACGAUGCACUCAUUGAACUCAAGACAUUGAAAGGAACCAAGUCCAAAGUUCUGGUUGUCAAUGUUCGUGGACUUCCAAAGCCAGUCGGUCUACUUCGUAUCCUAACAGAUACAAUUGAAUCUUUAUUUUCACAAUGGUAUAAAUUAGAUAUCAAAAGAUAUGUAAGUUGUUUUGAAUGUUCAUUUUUAUAUGAUGAAAAUCCUACAUUGUUCCCAAUUGAAGAUUGUGAGGAAGCAGUUAUGGAUGGAAAGACCCUAUUGAAUUGUUUUAGAAACCAUGACAAACACGACGAAAAGUCUACUCAUAGAUUGCCAUUGGAUGUGUUGGUACCGGAUAUUGCAAUGGUCGACAUUCCAAGACCUAGAUUCGAUUUGAAGGAUAUAAAGUUGAUAAAGGAAGUUGGUCAAGGUGCAUUCGGUAUCGUCUACGAGGCAGAAUGGAACGGUGAGAUUGUCGCACUGAAAAAGCUGAUUCCACCGACCGGUGCAAUCGGAGUGGACAACCUUUCGACGGACGACGAGAAGAAAGAGGAUCGUUUGCGUGUAUUCCGUGAGUUCCGUCACGAAGUCUACUCGAUGAGUCGUCUCAACCAUCCGAAUGCCAUGAAAAUCAGUGGAUUCUGUUUGCAACCGUUGUGCAUGGCUUUGGAGUUUGUUAAAUAUGGCAGUCUCUACAAUCUACUGGCCAACAAUCUCAUUGAAAUCGGCUGGGGAUUGCGUCUGCAGAUUGCCACCGAGAUUGCCAAGGGUAUGCAACACAUGCAUUCACUGAAUCCACCGAUGAUUCACCGUGAUUUGAAAUCACCGAAUAUCUUGAUGCACGGUGUAGUCGAAGGUGUCAAUCCGGUGUCGACCAUCAUUGACUAUGGAACUUCCACCGAGCUGUAUGGUGGCGCUGCACUGGCGCGUUGCGUCGACCAACCACUCUGGCUCGCACCCGAAGUCAUGGCUUCGAUGGCAUAUUCCGAACCAUCCGAUGUCUACGCAUUCGGUAUCAUCCUCUGGGAGCUCUACACUCGUUCACAUCCAUUCGACGAAUAUUCAUUCGGCCAGUGGAUGUCGAAGCUCGAAGACGAAAUCAUUCGUGGACUCCGACCGAAUAUCCCUGCUUCCUGUCCACCGGAAUACGUAGAGUUGAUUCAAUCGUGUUGGACUCACGAACCAAAUUCACGUCCAACUUUUACCUCUAUUGUAGAAUCACUUGCCAACUUGAAGAAGAAGCUAGUUCCAAUCCAAUCGACUCUACCUCCACACAUCCGUAACCAAGCGAGAAAGUCGAGAUCCGCUUCGUUCUCAGAGUGGAGUUCUACCAGUAUUGCAAGUGGGCUGGGUGCUAGUAUCAAUAGUACCAACUCUUCGCUCAACCAAUCGCGUGAGCAGUUGUCCGCCAGCAUCACAACACAGGCGACCUUCAACCACACAACCAGUUCCAGCUCCAUUUCAUCCGGUGGCGAUUCCGACGAUGUUUUGACGUUGGAUGACUUGAUUUCUCUCGAGAUCUUCACAGAGGAAGAGAUUGAACAACCUUAUCCGUUUGUAGACGACGACCAGCGUGGUAUUCUCUUUGGUUACGACGAGGAACAGACUUCAUCAGUGUCAAUUGUUAUUGCUGCAACUCUAGCGAAAAUGAUUGAAAUGAUGACAAGAAACGACGGUGGAUCAAUGUCUUCAAAUCCAGCCAUUCAAAUGGGUGGAGCUCUCAGUGGAAGUAGCGGUGGAGGAUCCGGUGGUACCAACACUGCCGCCUCUGGUCGCAAGCGUAGUGACACCGCCGGCAAGAGUGGACUCCCCGUUCCACAGUGGCGUAACUCAUUGCCUUUGUCACCGAAUGGCAACGUUACAACACUGGACGAGUCAUUCAUUGAGGAUUUCAUUCAUUUGUAUCGUUCAUUCACCACUCCACAGGCUGUCCUAAAGAUGUUGGUCAAACGUUUCUUUGGUCCACGUCCUGACAAGUCCGACUCGCUCACCAUGCGUAAAUUCGAACAGCGAAGAGCACAGAUCAGAGUUGGAGUAUCGAAUUUCAUGAAACGUUGGUGUGCCGAUAUCACAGAGUUUGAAUACCACCAGGACGACGCUUGGCUCUACCACAAGGUAGAUGAAUUCGUACAUCUUUGCUAUGGAAACGAUCAAGCUAUUGUUAAUUCAAUCGGAACGAUUCUCGAUAACUACGAUCCCGAGAUAAAGAAGGCAAAAGAAGAAGAGAAGUUAGAGCUGUCCAUUGGUUCCAAGUUGCUGCACCGAACCUCAACCGACGUUGGAAGAAGUGGUAGUUUCUCGCUUAGUUCGGCCGCUUCGCUCCAAUUGAAUAUCUCUAAAUCGUUUAUCAAUCUGGCAAUUGCUAUUAAGGACCCAUUGUAUGGUGUACCUUUACGUGAGAGAAAAUUCAAAAACAAGGUGGUUACUCGUUGUUUCUCUGGUUCCGAUGCCGUCGACUGGAUUUGUCGUAUGACAUCAUCGAGUCGUGACGACGCCAAUACUCUGGCGAUCGACUUGUUCACUCGUCACUUUUUCUUUAUUCUCGGUGAAGAUGGCAGUCCAAUUAUCUCAAAGGGUGGCAACCGUAAUGAGUUUUACGAUAGUCAAUUUUACACUUUCCACGACGACGAUCCCGAGCUUCUCGCUCAUCAAUACACCUUCUUGGAACUGGAUUAUCUUCACCAGAUUCAUCCACGUGAACUUCUUGGUUAUUCCGUUGGUUUGGCCGCAAGUGACGAUGUCCAAACCGACAAGGCAGCAGCUAAACACUUGAAUUUCCCUAAUAUCUGUAACUACUUCCAGUGGUUCCAAAAGAUGUCGUUGUUGGCUGCAAGUGAAAUUGUCAAGCAGCGUGAUAUCAGAUCUCGUUCCGAGAUGAUCGAACGAUAUAUCAAGAUUGCAUUGGAGUAUCUCUCAUUGUGGAAUUUCAAUGGUGUAAUGCAGGUGUUAUGUGCGCUCCACUCUGACCCAAUCACUCGUCUCACAGCAUCGUGGGCACGUAUCUCGCAAAAGUACAUCGAUGCAUUCCACGAGAUAAGUCGUCUGAUGCUUCCAGAAUCCAAUUACCUCCCUCUGAGAACUGUUAUCUCUUCCUUGCCAGGAUCGAUCACUCAAACCUAUCAGGCACUCACACCCUAUAUGACUCAUGUCAUUUGUCCAACCAUCCCAUUCCUUGGUGCACUUGUUGCCGACCUCUCACAAACCAGUACUGAAAAUCCAACGUUCAUAUCGUCUGGCGGUGAGAAGAUGACCAACAUCCUAAGAGUGAAACGAUUAUCCAAGAAAAUGAAGAUGUUCAAGGAGUACAAGGAAAUGCCAAGUGUGUAUCGUCCUCCUUUGUUAUCGACACCCUAUGUCUGGUACGGUGGAUACAUGAACGAAGUAAAGGCAUUCGAUUACAAUCAGAUUGAUCGUCUCUCAGAGUUUGAACGACGUCUGGAAAUCGAAGCGGAAAAGAAUGGAACACUCGGAGAUGACAAGGAGAAAGAGGGUGAACAAUCCAUGGGUAACUCUGACUCGCUUGGCUAUGGAAACGAGGAGCUGACCGAGCGUGAUUGGUCUGUAUUGCUUACCAAUGCCACUGUCAUUACCUACCAUCGUGGUGAUGUAGUCAUCGAAGAGAACACCAUCAAUUCCUAUCUCUACCGUAUAAAGUCCGGUACUCUCGGUGUCGAGAAGCGAAACAAAGAUGGCAAAUCUGUCAAGGUCGCUUCGAUGGGCGCACCAAAGAUGUUUGGUGAGAUGUCAUUCCUUGGAAACAAAACAACUGCUCGUGUAGUGGUAGACGAUCAAGCCGAUCUCUAUGUCAUGGACAUUCCAUUCUUGAACAGUCUAUUCGUUUCGCAUCCAAGACUUGGUGCUAAAUUCUACAAGAUUAUGGCUAACCAAUUGGCUGUGCGUCUAAAGAAUCUACCCACCAUGAAACCACCUCAACAAUCGCCAGCUUCAUCGCCAUUGUCAUCUCCACACCUCGGUUCACCCAGUUCCUCCACCUCGACAGCAUCGCCACCAACCAGUCCACCAAGACCAAUUGUUCCGCCCAUCAUUAUCCCAACACCAUCUCUCACACUCUCUGGUAGCACUGGUAGCACUGGCAGCAACGGUAACAGCAGCAGCAGCAGCAACAACGAUAACAACAACAACAUCGUUAAACCAAACAACAAUGCUACUCAACCAUUGGUUAAUAUCAACACACCUCCAGCUUCUCCACGUACACCAAAUCAAUAUCUUGCCAAUCUUCAUCCAGCUCUUAGCAAGCGUACUUCCACAUCGGCCAACUUCUCACCAAGAGAAAGAGCUGAUACCUCUUUACUUAGUGCAAGCAACAGUGGUAACAAUAAUAUUCGAAGCAACAGUAUCAGUCGUACACAAACCUCUGCUCAGCUUGGUGAGCCAAUCAUGAAGAAGAACGACCAGGAAUUCUGUCAGAGAUUCUCAUUGUACGAUGAAAUCGUUAUCAAGGACUAUGCUUGCUCUCUGACUCGUUCCGGUCGUUGCUACAUCUCCCAAGGACACGUUUGUUUCUACUCCAAGUUCUUUGGAUACAAGACCAAGAAGGUCAUUCCAUUCAAGCAGAUCACAGGUGUGCUCUGUGCCAACAACACCCAAAUCGAAUUGUCUCGUCUGAAAAACAUGACCACUCCUACCAACUACCGAUUUACCUUCCAGAACAACAAGGACCGUCAAGAUGCCUAUGGUAUCAUUAACAGUUUGCACGAAUCAUCGAAGCAAUCAAACACAUCCGAUGACCUGAAACAAAAGAUGCAACAGGAACGUAAGAAACAGAAUAUGACACUCAAGACCAAGCAUCAUUCAAAGGAUCAGCUUACCAAAGAAGAUUGGGAGUUGAUCGGUCGUGAAGGUUCGAGAUGUCACACCUUCAAAAAAGAUGAACCAAUCGUGAAACAAGGUGAACGUAUUCAAAAGAUCUUCCAAAUCGGCAAGGGUGUCUGUCGUAUCGAGAAACUGGUACCUAGCACAAACGAUCCUAACCGUUUCCAUUCAGUCGUACUUGGUACAAUGAAACAAGACGAAACCUUUGGAGAAAUUACCUAUCUUCUUAGUGGAGAAGUAACUGCCAAUGUCAUUGCAGACUCACAAGAAGUCGAGGUCUAUGCUAUCGAAGGUCAAUUUGUAAAUAUCCUCUUUGAUCUCAACCCAUCUUUGGCAACCAAAUGGUUCAAAUACCUGGCCACAGCACUCAACAAAACUCUUAUUGAGAGAGAAGCUCAAUUGUACAACUGA